AUGGCAGGUACCUUGUCCAAGUCGCAAAAAAAGAAAAACAAGAAGAAGGCCGCUACUGCGAACAAGGCGGACGGAACAGACAACAAAGUGAAUGGGGACCACUCCAAAAGCGACGCGGACGAACACGACGAAGAUGUCGAGGAUGAAGCUGAGCAGAAUAACCCCACCGCGCAAGCCACAGAUCCAGACGCCGACGACGUAGACGACGAACAACCGCCGCUGUCCCCUACUAUACAAACAAAUGGUACUCCACACCACAGCAUUUCCUCGGCAAUUGCGCUUGGAUUGGCACGCUCACGCUCGCAACAAGGCAUCUCCGCAUCACCGCCGCCUCCAUCAGACACCAGCGCACGCCUGGACGCGAUAGCGAAGGAGCGCGAUGCGCUACGGCAGGAAGUCACCGAGUUGAGGAAGAGUCUUGAGGACGUACAAAAUAAGCAGAAUGCAGGAACCUCGGACGAAGCAGAUUCAAACCAUGAGGAAGAGAUACGAAGUUUGAGGGAGGAGUUGGACGAAGCCAACGAAGGCAAGGAGCACUUUGAGACACAAUACAAGAACUUGCUGGGAAGGGUCAAUACCAUCAAGACUAGUCUGGGCGAUCGGCUGAAGGCUGAUGCGGCCAGGAUUGAGGAGUUUCAAUCGCAAAUUUCCGACCUUGAAGAACAGACCCGCGAACUGCAAGAGAAUAACAACAGCCUCAUAGAGGAGCUCGCAAAGCUACGACAGGAAAAGGAAGCUCAAGCAUCCGAGAUUGAGACCCUACGAAGCAGGUCGACCCUCUCACAGCAAAACUGGAUCAAGGAGCGCGAUGAGCUGAUCUCGCGAGAAGCAUACGCAAGAGAGGAAUUUGAGAACGCUAAACAAGCCAUGCAAGACUGGGAAGUGCUAGCCAUGAACGAGCGAUCACUACGUGAGAAUCUCGCCGAGAAGGAUGCUGAGUUACGAGACCAACUUGAGUCGAUGAGAGAAGAAUACGAGAGAGCUGCCAGGGACAGGGACACCAAUAACCAAGCCGUAGAAGGUUUGCAGAAAGCGCUACAAGAAGUACAAAACCUGCGAAAAGCCGAACUCAAAAAGUCUGUCGAAACCUACGAAUCGCAAAUCAACGACCUCCGAAAACAAGUCCAAGCCGCGGAAUCAGCCUCAAACGCCGCAAAAGCAACACUUGUAUCAACCCAGAAAGAUCUUGAGCGAGCGCUGCCAUUCGAAAAGGAGGUCAAGGAGAAGAACCUACUGAUUGGUAAACUACGACACGAAGCCGUAACACUAAACGAACAUCUCACAAAGGCGCUUCGAAUACUGAAGAAGGGACGGCCGGAAGACAAUGUCGAUCGGCAAAUCAUCACCAACUACUUUUUGCAUUUCUUAAGCAUAGACCGGAGUGAUCCUAAGAAGUUUGAAGCGCUGCAACUCAUUUCUGCACUGCUAGGGUGGACAGAUGAGCAAAAAGAGCAAGCAGGCCUUGCUCGACCCGGCGCAGCAUCCAGCUCCACCGGCCUUCGCAUCCCAUUGUCGCCGUUCAGGCGAACACCAUCGACGCCCUCGUUGAGUGCCGCAGCGGCAGAUCCUAUGCUUAUGGCUAGUAGCUCUAGUAACAAGGAGUCGUUAGCGGAGCUGUGGCAGGACUUUUUAGAAAGAGAGGCGAACGAGGGGAAGGGUGGCGCCGAGAGGAGGGGAAGCACUGUAUCACGAGGGGGAAGUACCGUCAGUCCACCGCCAAGGACAGAGAGCGGGUUGGGUCUUAGUGGGAUGAAGUAA